CCACGGACGCAUGUUGGCGCGCACUUCACAACAGUGGCGACAAGAAAGAUCCAACAUGAAGUGAGGAAGGGAGGAGCAGAAAGAACAUUUUCAAUUAUAAAAAAUCACGUGGAGAGAGAGAGAGCAAGCUGAUUUAAAAGCUCUGAAUGUAUAUCGUCUAUCUCUCAUGAGAAGGCGAGUCUUAAAGUUCCAUCAGAAUGGGCAGUCUCUCCUCAGACGCAGCAGGACGACAGCAUCAACGGGUCAUGGAGAGGUGUCCGUAGCUUCACAACCGAUGAAUGCGGUGGAGUCCACUGUAGUUCGUGGAGAAAAUAGUCACUUAUGCAGAGUUUGCCUUUCCACGCUAGCGGGACUCCCAUCGUCAUCACGGUCCACUGCAGCGCGAGCAUCACCUCCGCCACGGAUACUUCCUCCGUGCGGUGAGAGCACAAGGCCGUCGGCGAGCUGCACACCGACACCGGAGAAAAGAUGAACAUCCAGGUCCUGCCAGACCACAAGCUGUCAUCAGUGGCCCCGCUGAAACCCUGCAAUGUGGAGAAGAAGGAAGUGGAACUGAUACUGGUGAUGGACCAAAAUGGGGUCCAGUAUACCAGUUCGACCAUCAUGCCCACCCCCAGCAUGCACAGCACCCCCUGCACGGCUGAGGAGCUGGAGGAGAGAGAAACAUGGGGAAAGAAAAUAGACUUUCUCCUUUCCGUCAUAGGCUUCGCAGUGGACUUGGCCAAUGUCUGGAGAUUCCCUUACCUCUGCUACAAGAAUGGAGGUGGUGCCUUUCUAAUCCCCUACAUUCUGUUCCUGGUGAUUGCUGGGAUGCCUCUGUUCUAUAUGGAACUAGCCCUGGGACAGUACAAUAGGGAAGGAGCUGCUACAGUCUGGAAGAUCUGCCCUGUCUUUAAAGGUGUGGGCUACACUGUGAUCAUCAUAGCGUUGUAUGUGGGUUUCUACUACAACGUCAUCAUAGCCUGGUCCCUGUACUACCUGUUCUCCUCUAUGACCAGUGAGCUGCCCUGGCUCCAUUGUGGAAACGCCUGGAACAGUCCGAACUGCACAGACCCCAAGCUACUAAACGGAUCCUUCCUGGGCAACGGGACGUCUUAUGCCAAGUACAAGAUGACGCCGGCUGCAGAGUUCUAUGAGCGUGGCGUACUCCACCUCCAUGAGAGCAGGGGGAUCCAGGACCUGGGCAUGCCUCGCUGGGAGCUGGUCCUCUGUCUGGUGGCUGUGGUCUUUCUUCUCUACUUCAGCCUCUGGAAGGGCGUCAAGUCCUCCGGCAAGGUGGUGUACAUCACGGCCACAAUGCCCUAUGUGGUGCUGUUCGUCCUGCUGAUCAGAGGCAUCACUCUGCCAGGGGCUAUGGACGGCAUACGGGCCUACCUCCACAUCGACUUUAAACAACUCAACGACCCCAAGGUGUGGAUUGAUGCUGCUACCCAGAUCUUCUACUCCUUGGGAGCCGGCUUUGGAGUGCUCAUUGCAUUUGCCAGCUACAAUAAAUUUGACAACAACUGUUACAGGGAUGCUAUCCUGACCAGUACAGUGAACUGUGUCACCAGCUUCUUUUCAGGCUUCGCCAUCUUCUCUGUGCUCGGAUACAUGGCCUACAAACACGGAGUCAGGAUAGAGGACGUGGCCACCGAAGGUGCAGGACUGGUGUUCAUCAUCUAUCCUGAGGCCAUCUCCACCCUGCCUGGAUCUACCUUCUGGGCCAUAGUAUUCUUCAUCAUGCUGCUGACUCUGGGCAUCGACAGCUCUAUGGGCGGUAUGGAGGCGGUCAUCACAGGACUGUCAGACGACUUCAAGAUCCUGAAGAGGAACAGGAAGCUGUUCACCUUCGCCACGGCAUUCGGAACCUUCCUUGUUGCGCUCUUCUGCAUCACUAAUGGAGGUAUAUAUGUGCUGACUUUGUUGGAUAACUACGCGGCAGGGACCUCCAUCUUGUUUGGGGUGCUGAUUGAGGCCAUUGGGGUGUCCUGGUUCUACGGCGUGGACCGCUUCAGUGAGGAUAUCGAGCGCAUGAUGGGCUUCAAGCCAGGUCUCUACUGGAGGCUGUGCUGGAAGUUUGUCAGCCCCACCUUCCUACUGGUUGUGGUGAUAGCCAGCAUUGUGACGUCCACGGGCCUGAGUUAUGAUGACUAUGUCUUUCCUUCAUGGUCCAAUGUGAUUGGCUGGGGCGUAGCUCUGUCCUCCAUGAUGUUUGUGCCCAUCUACGCCAUCUACAAGUUCCUCAGUAUGCCAGGGACAUUCAAACAGAGGAUAGCCUACUGCAUCACACCAGAACACGAACAUCAUCUGGUGGCGGAGGGAGCUACCAUCAGACAGUUCACACUCAAGCACUGGUUGGCUAUCUGACAACCUGAUGUCACCCAACCUUCGCCACUACUCACAAUUCCGGGGUGUUGGAGUCAUUGUGUUUCGACGGCAGAUGUUCCUGCUGCUGAGCCUCCUGCUACUGGAGGAUGGACAGGGAAAAUGCCAUGCUCCUUUCUGCCUCUCUGUCUUCUGUUGGUUCUGACCCAACCUGUGACCUGCCAUCCCCUCUUUUCCACUCCGCCCCUCAUCUCCUUCUCUCUCUGUCGAGUGACUACAGAUUCUCUCAUCAACCUCUGCCUACAGAGUCAACCCAGUAUCCUCCAUGUUUUUGCUUUUGAAGUAUCUUUUUAUUUAAAACUUUUUACCAUGUGACAUCGUCAUCAUCGUCAUUUAAAUAAUUUGUAUACAACUCAUAAGAUGGAGACAUUCCAUGCAGAGCAUCUACAGGUGUUUUCUGUGUUCAUGGACACAAUUAUUGUUUUUCAUAUCAUAAAUUUUUUUUUUACAUGUUUUUUUUACAAUGACUGUUGUUCUGUGUUCAUUAGUUAUACAUGGGUUAGACACUUAAACCAAGUCAGAAAGUACCAAAUGACCACUUCUGUCAUCAUGUAUACUCUAGGCAGGGGGAGACAAACAUGACUUACAUUGCUUUUUAUCUUCUUGAUUCUUUUCAAAGAGGACCCUCAAGCUUUUAGGUGAAUGAGAAAGGGAAGAAAUCUAGUUUCAUUGCCCUCUUUGUAUGUCUGACUGAGUAGGUCUCCAGUCACUACUCUAGAUAACAGCAGCUCAACUGUGUCAGUGCCUUAUCGAGCUAGACACUUCAGAACCUGCCAAUGUUUUCAUUGGUCCAUACAGAAAGGUAAAUGUUUUCAUUGGUCCAUCCAGAAAGGUUUUGCCCGACGACUCAGGAAUCCUCCUGCAGAUCAGAGCUCGUGGAUGAUAGAUACACUUUAUGGUUACCAACAUACGUUAUUAAUUCAGUUUGAAUGACAAUGUCCUUUUGAUGUUCAUCUUACAGCGGUAGAGGUUUUUCCCAGUUGCCUUCUCCAUCUUUUGAAACCUUCCUGAAACAGAUGUGAAGCUUUUGUCACCUGUCUCACAGAAAAGGGAACAAUUUAUGUUGAGACUCAGAAAUGUUUUGUCUUGCAAGUGGUCGUCCUUAUGCUUUACACAUGGACUUUACACAGAGUAGAGGUCUACAUUGUCCUGCUAUGGUUACUAAUGGUACUGUGUGUACCAGCUUUAAUGUGUUGCAUAGUACUAGCAUAUUUUCCUCUUCAGAGAGGCUUGUGCCCUUGAUCCAAUGAUUUUGCCUUCACCGUGCUUGUGGAUAAACAGUAGUAAUUGAACAGUGGUGAAGACACAAAGGGAGGCUUUGAUAAAAUGAAGUUGAAUCCAGCACUUGAAAGAAGUCCUUAACAUAAAUAAUUGUUUCAGUUCUCUAUGCAUAGGUAAGCACUCUUAGUGUUUUAGGGAAUGUUUUCAGGCAUGCAAGAAAUGCCCUGUUUCAUCAAAAGCUUAACUGAAUUACAGCACUAACACAGGUAGACUCAACAAAACAAGUGACGUUUCUUUACUUUUUAUAUAAUGUCCUCUUUGUUAUGUUGCAUCUUUCCAAUGCAUGGUUUUGUGGUCCAUAUGGGUGAGGGAAAUCAGGAGCUUCUCCUUCAAAGUGUGUGUGUGUGUGUGUGUGUGUGUGUGUGUGUGUGUGUGUGUGUGUGUGUGUGUGUGUGUGUGUGUGUGUGUGUGUGUGUGUGUGUGUGUGUGUGUGUGUGUGUGUGUGUGUGUGUGUGUGUGUGUGUGUGUGGAUAGAUAGUGUAUUUUAAGUUUGAAAUGCCUCAUUCAUUGUACAAGGAUUGUUAUGUUAAAUAGUUUAUGGUGUCUUUAUAUGUUACAUUGUAAUCUGUUGAAGCCUAUUUUUUGUCCAACUUGACUCAAAGAAGAUUCACCACCAAGGAAGUGCCAAUAUGUUCACCCCUUUUCUUUAGAGACGUCUGCUGUUUUUGUCUUUCGUUUUUGUUUUUUUCUGUUUCUCUUUUCUGUUUCUUUAUUUAUUGAAAUGGAGUUGAAAUGUAAUAGAUUUUUUUUAAAUUGUAAAAUAACAUUAAUGGCAGGAAGCAAGCCACACACAAAAAUUCUAUUGUAUGUGGAGUAUAAGAUAUGGAAAAAUAUAUAAAUAUAUUCUUUUGUUAUAUAUCUAAUCUUGUAUUUAUCAAAUUGUUUAUAAACGAAACGUGAAUGUAAAGUAUUUUAAACGUAACUGUCCACCGUUACUGUUAUAUCAUUGUGUUUGAUGUAGGUAAGAUUAAUCUAUUUACAGAUGUAUUCUCCAGUGUAACCGGGGUAACUUUGCAACGUGAAUGGAGAGCCCUGGCAUUACCUGAGCUAAGUUUACAGAACACUGUGUACAAUACAAAAGUCCUGUUGAACGUGAGUGACAACUAUCUAUGAAGAAGUCAAAAUAUGCACACUAUUAUAAUAAAGAGUUCUUCUACACACACA